AUGGUGCCCUCCUUCGAGAAGGAAAAAAAGAAGGCGAACGAGAUCCCGGAAUCUGGCGCUUCCAUGCCCUCCUCUACACAUGCACUACACCACUUCCAACCUUGA